AUGAAUACCUUAAUUGUAUAAUUUAAAUGAGAUAAUUUUAACACAUUUUAGUGCGAUGAAAUGUAUUAUGCGGCUUACAGUAAUAAAUGGUAUUCCAUGGAUCCAAAACUUAUACGCGACUUGUUGUUUGUGCUGCUAAGAGGUGCUAAACCGAUUUAUCUCACCGCUGGAAAAAUGUUCCCCAUAACAAUGACAACAUUUUGCAAUGGAGUCGGAUGUACGAGUGACCAAUACGAAAUGGAGGUAGAUUGGUUAAAAUAAAAGUUUGUACCAUUGUGUAAAAUUCGCAAUCGGUAUCGAGUAAUUAGUUCAAACGUCUAAGCAAAUCAGCAUGUAGAAAGCGGUAGACCGGAUUCGGAAACAUCUAAAACAGCUUAUUUAUUAGAUUUUCUAGAAACAGUAUCAUCUGAUCGAGAGGUGGAGCGAUGCGCGACCGCGCCGACGAAAAUUGUAACGCAACGAGUGGCGACCCUCAGAUAAUGCUCAUCGUUGCUAUGACGAGAU